GACAGGGUGGGCGUGCCGCAUCAGUGUGAGAGAGAGCUCUUCUUUGUCACUCCCAAAGCCUCCAUCAAGGAGGUUACCACCUUCAGGAAGUCCCUCAUGAAGCUCCUUGUGCUGCUGUUUAACCUCAAGCCAAGUGCUGGUUUGGCCUUUGCAGUGGCAUGCGGCCUCUCUGAGAGCUACGGAGCCGCUGCUAGGGCUCUCCUGCACACGGAGGGCGCUGAUCGAAGCAAGAUCGGCAACUUCCUUGGGCAGGACUUCUCUCUCUGUCUCCUGGUACGCUUCGGCGUGCUGGAUAGCCUGCCGCUGCUGUGCACCGGCGUUAUUUCAUGUUUGGAGAUGGCUUUUGCGCGGAUACAGCUCCCGGAGGAUAUGGACCGGAUGGAGCGAUUGCUCCAUGCGGCCGCUCUUGUGUGGUGGCGGAAACACCGUGCUUUGUCGCCAUCGAUGCUGCCCCCGGAGACGACGCCUGAGAGCGAACCUCCUGGCUCCAACAGGGAGCUUGUUGGGCACGCCCUUCUGCAAUACAUCUCAAGUGCGCAGGUGUUGGCGCAGCUCAUGUUUUCCACGGUCAUGCUGCAUUGCGUCAUCCAUGGCGAUGGCACUGGCGAGCCCGGGGAGAUGAGCUAUGAAAGCUGGACUGGCAUGAACAAGGGCCUUGAGGACAUCAAUAAAGAUGUGCCUGAAUUUGUCCAGCGGCCGAUUUAUGACGCCGUGUGCAAGAAGUUUUCACCAGAGCUGUCCGUGGUCAUGACGGUCGGUUACAGCCCCACCCCGUCGCGGACAGGAUUGAUGCAGUCAAGAUUAGGAAGCGAUUCGAGCGAGGAUGAGCUGUUGCCUUACGGCCAGGACAGGCGCACACCAGCGUCUCCGUCGGAUGCUGACACCGAUGGAGCAGAUGGCAAUGCACCUUCUGCUUUCCAGCAGAUAGCACAGGCAGAGGGCUGGGUGCAGCUCAACUGCCACUUGCCCAUCAUCGGCUCGGCACAAGUCCGGCCCGGCAGCGAGACGCUGGGUUCGGAUCACCAGGGGGGUACGGACCCGCCAGCCGCCGGGGAGCCAGCCAUGGAGGCGCUGCGCAAGGCAGCUGCCAGCGCAGGGCCUGGCAUGUCGCCUGGGCCACCUGAGAGUGGCUGGGUGUGGGCCAGCUUGUGCAGCAUUUGCCUUCUGUUUUCCUCGCUGCCCCCUGGUCGGGCGCUGCAGGGCACCUCUGACCUCGCGGCGCCUCACGCGGUGGUUGAUGUCAGGCUACUGCACGUGAUCGACGUUGAUCGCGAGACAUGCAGCCUGACUGUCGGGACCUUCAGCGCAAACCCUUACCGGCCAAAGGCAGAAGGGAAUCACGAUGACGGUCGAGCGAUCGGUGACAUCCCUGUCGUGCUGCAGCUCGGGCAUUGA